AUGAGGGUUGUUGUUGGUUUGCUGUUGUUGCUGCUGGCUUUGUGUGGGUCAGGGGCUCAGGGGGAAGGUGGAGGCCUCGGACAGGUGGGUGAGAUCAGUGAGUUUGAGGAGACAGCUCCAAGAGAUGCAGCUGAGGAAUCAAGCAAGCAGACCACAGAGCAAACCACCCCUGACAUCUGGGCGGAGGUGAGGGCACUGAGAGACAUGGUGGUGGAGCUCAAGGUGUUUGUGCAGAUGCUGCAGAGAGAGAACUCUGACUUACAGACCAGACUGAGCAGCAGUGAGAGUGAACUUCUCCUCAGCAAGUCCAGGAUUGACCAGCUGGAGAGAGAAAAUGCAGUCCAAGCCACAGACCUGAUAUCUUUGGGAACUAGACUGGCUGCUACCGAGAGCAAAACAAGUGACCUAGAAAAAGAGAAUGCAGACUUACAGACCAGACUGAGCAGCAGUGAGAGUGAACUUCUCCUCAGCAAGUCCAGGAUUGACCAGCUGGAGAGAGCAAAUGCAGAGAGACCAAAGGUGGCCUUUUACACAGCUCUGACUGAAGGAUUUAUUGGACCAUACAACACAGACAUCACACUGACAUUCAGCAAAGUCUUCACCAACAUUGGCAAUGCUUACAAUCCAGCUACAGGUUUCUUCACAGCACCAGUCAAAGGGGUCUACUAUUUCCAGUUCACUGUGUGUGGUAACCUCACAGGUCUUAUGGGUGUACAAUUGUACAAGAACAAGCAAAGGAUGAUGUACAAUGGGGAGUGGAAGGAAGCUUCACAUCUGAAGUAUAUGACUAACUCUGCUGUCUUGGAGCUGAUGGCAGGAGAUGAAAUUCACCUGGUGCUUCCAUCCAGCUAUGCUAUCUAUAACAAUGGAGAUAACCACAGCACCUUCAGUGGCUCUCUUCUCUUCACACUGUAAAGAUGUUGUUCAGGCUGCUGUGUCACUGAUUCAUCACAGAGUCUGUUGUUACUGGCUACACUGCAGUUCUUCAGAAUAUGCUGCCUCCAAGACAAACAUCUGUACAUUUACUGCAUGUAUCAAAUAAUGUGAUUCUGAAUCUGACUUCCUUCUUGUGUCAUCACAUCAAAACAACAUUCAGAUAAAUCAAAUAUUCAUUUAAGUUUUGUUUGUCACCACUGAGUGUAGGUCUUCAUAUAUAAAUGUUUUCUAAAAAUACAUUCAUCCUCAUAAUUAUAUUGUAUAUUUCACAUACAGUGCAGGUUAGCAGGAAAACUCGAUCUGCCCUGUGCAACAUGCUGUGGCUCCAUUUAAAUCUGUGACGUGUAUUUCUUGGACGCUUCUGCACCAUGUCCGCUGGAAUUACAAGAAUUGUCUACAGUGGCUGUAAUCAGCCUUGGUGGCGGCUUCGUCGCCUGGCAGAGAUCUGCACUCCACUUUCUUGUAAAGGACUAAU